UAUUAUGUUUAUUCUUUCAUAAUAAUGGUAUCUAUUAACUUCAUCAUAAUAUACUAUCUAAUAAAAAUAUAGUUUUGCCUCAUAAAUUUCAGCGUAUUAUUUCCAUAAGCAGGCAUGCCAAAAUACAUCAAUGAUAGCCGCAUUUAAAUUGUUGGAGAAAUAAUUAAAACCGCGUAUAAAAAGGGGAAAAUUUAAAACAUUCUAGACCUCUGUUACUACAACAUAUUUAAAAUGUUUUUUGAGAGAAUAUAUUAUAUUAAAACCUAUGCUUAAUAUAGUAAGUAGUAAGUAGGUAAGUAAAUAGAUAAAAACAUAUAACACAUGAAUAAAAACAUAUAACAAUAUGGUUAUUUGUAAGACAUGAUAACAGUGGGUACCUACUACCUACAUCAAACUAAGAAAUUAAGUGGAUACUUAUAUCAACUAAGAUUUUUUAGAAAAUUAAAUAAUUAUACUCAGAUCUACUCCAGCUAAAGCUGUAAAGUUCUGUACAUUUAGGACUCGUUAGAAGAACGGCAUGCAUAAAUUAAAACUGAUAGUAGAAAUUCAAAGAAAGAAGUAAGUUUAUAUGACUCUGUAAGGCAUGCCUCAAAUAAUAAUAAUUGAAAUCCUUUAAAAAUAAGAGCGAGCGAAUUUCUUAACGUAUUGCUAUAGAGAUAGAAUACAACAGACAAUUGUACAUGUUGAGAUACUAUUGCAAGUCUAUUACUUCCUAUUGCAAAAUUUACAUAAAAAAUCGUACAUUGGUGAAAUGGAGCAAACGUACUUAUCGAACUCAAGGCCUUCCGAAGUGUCGGUUGGAGUAAGUGGUGCAGAGAAUUUGGCAAUUAUCUCUUUCACGGUAGGUGUGGUCGGUUUGUACUUGGUGUCACGGUGCCGGCGCUGUCGCAAGUUCACUUGUACGCUAGCAACUUGUGAAAUGGUUGUAUCUAAGGCUAUAUUAAUUCCUGACCCACCACGAUGGGGUUUGUUAGCAAAAAGUCCGCAGUGCAGUGCAUUUUUUUGUCGUUAAACAAGUUGCUUUAAGAACAGUAGAUACAAUGUGCCGAGACGUUUUGUACCGUUAAUAUGACAUACUUUUUUAAUCAAGUUAAAGCUCAUAGAACACAUUUAUUAACGUCUUUGUUUACAUCUGUAUCAAUUGACAUUAUAAAAUUAGCUGUUGUUAUACGAUGAACCGUCUAUGUCGUGUUAUUUUUAUUUGUUUUUGCGCGGUAAAGUGUAGUGCAAUGCUGCAAAGUGAAAUUGAAGAUUUCACCAAUUUCCUCAAGCAAACGUCGCAGUUGGAUCAGAAUUUGAAAAGUGGCCCUGAAGCAGACUUCGACGAAGAUGAACCAGCAUCAGAACACGCGUGGGAGGAAAGUGGGAAGUUCGAGGGUGAUUUAAUUUUGAACGACAGACAGAGACGAAUGAUUUUAACCAAUGUCGUCGAAGGGCUGGCGCGAAACGGAUUGACAGACAGCACGAAGCGAUGGCCAAACAACGAAGUUAUUUAUUUUAUACAAAAAGAGCAUUUUACACAAGAUCAAGUUCAGGCCAUUCAGGAUGGUAUCGACGACCUAGCGCGUGCGUCGUGUGUUAAAUUUACGCCGUAUAGGAAAGGAGACAAGGAUGCCGUCGUCAUUCAAGGGAGUCGGCGCGGUUGUUUUUCACAAGUGGGCUAUCAGGGUGGAUACCAAGUGCUGAACUUGUCGGGUCGCCACCCGGUGGGCCGGGGUUGCUUCCGUCACGGGACCGUCGUUCACGAAAUGCUGCACACCCUGGGAUUCUACCACAUGCAGAGCAGCCCGGACCGCGACGACUACAUCGAUGUAAUGUGGGAAAAUAUUAUCAAAGCGGCUCGACACAACUUUCGCAAAUACAACUCGUUUGCAGUGUCGGAUUUCGGCGUAGGUUACGACUAUGAAAGCGUGCUUCACUAUAGCCGAAAAGCUUUCUCUGUCAAUGGACAAGACACUCUUGUACCGAAAAAGAGUGGUGCUGGCAUUGGUCAGAGAAUCGGUUUGUCCGAAAAAGAUGUUAUGAAGUUAAAUAAAAUGUAUUGCGAUGCCGACUCAGAUUUAGUACUUGACAGCGAUACUGAUAAAGAGACUUCUAUAAAAAAGAAAUUGCCCAAGAACAAGCCUUUUCAAGGACAAGGUAUAGGCUAUCAUCAAGGUAAAGCUGUAGCUAUAAAACUCCCUGCAGCUCAAACAUUUUACUUACGUCAUCCAUCAGACAUUCAUAUGUUUAAUUAUUUUAGUAAAGCGAAGGAAACUGUGCCUGCGCCGGCUAUUCAAGGAUUUGGAAUUGCUAAAGAAAUGAAACAUACAAAUGAUUUAUUACUGAAGACAUAUCCCGUAGGAUCGGUUCCAGAUAUAAUUAAAGUAUUUGAUGAACCAAAUCUUGGAAAUGACAAUCUUUCUAAUUUUGGGAAAAAAGAGAUAAAUACUAAAUAUGUUAAUAAUAAUGGUCAAGGUAAUUCGAAUCAAGAUAGACAACACACUCCAACACCAGAAAAUUCUAUUCAGCCAAUUUUACAUGACCAUAAUUAUCAAACAUUACCACUAUAUUAUGUGAAUAGUCAUAAAGAACCUCUCCAUCAAAUGCAACUAGAUGAAGAGCCGAAUAGGUCGUACGAAUAUGAAAAUCCCCUCGCAAGUUAUGGCUAUUCUCAAGCUAAUGAUGAAAGGAAUAAACCUAAUAUAGAGGAACAUUACGAAGAAAAAUAUACAAGGAAACCAUACUUGAGUCACCGAUAUUAUCCAGUUCAAGCAGAAGACUACACAGGCACAAGGCCAGAGCAUAAUUUUGAUGACUAUUCAGUUGAACCAAAAAGGCAAUAUGAAACAAUUAAUAAAAAUAGCUAUAAUAGAGCACAAAUAAAUUCAGAGGCUCAAAAUAUAUAUAGUUUUCUACGACCUCAAGGUAUUCAUUAUUCAAGAUAUUUGAUAUAGUAAUAAGUCUAAAUUAUAAUAAAUUAUUAAGUAACUAUGUAUUAAUUAAGAAUAAAACGUGUUUUAAUUGUU